AUGCCUAAGCCAAAAAUUGUUCUUUACGCGGAAGCCCUGACCCACAUCGGGCAAUUAACUCUGCACGCCUCUCUACAAACGGAGAAGAAUGAACACACGAAAAUACUACUUUCGUCAGACAAGAAAGUCAUCACCGCCCUUCACGACGGUGAAUCUUCCAGCAUCUAUCUCCCAACUCAGAUUUCGGGCACUGCUCACGUCACAUUUCCCAUUGAUAAGAGGACAGAAAUCUCGACCCGGUUGCAGAUCGACGACGUCGGGCAGCUAAAGUCUGCAAGUGAUGGAUUGAGCGAUAUUGAAGCACCUUGGUCUGCAGUCAGCCUGCAUGGACAUAGUUCUAUUUCCUGCAACCAAUGCGAGGCUACUAUUCUGAUGUCGGACAAAGUCGUCACCUGGAAAGAUUUGCCAAGCGAGAACUGGGCCGAGUUGAUGGACUUUUGGUUCUGCCACAAACCUCACAACAAGUCGUCUACGCAUGAUCAAACAGCCCAGUCCGCGAACAUCGCCGCAAAGGGUAGAGUCACUCCCUCUGCUGGGGUGACCAAGGAUGCUACGAAGGAAGGCGUCGAUAGUCUUCGUUGCCUUGCUUGCAACGGCUGGCUCGGAUCUGGCGCAGCGGGUGAGAACAACUACCGUCUUUACAAGUCCAGGUUAGCAGUAGUUCCAGAGCAAGGCCAAGCGCCCGAGCGAUUCCCGGCAGCUGUCUUUCUGACCGCUCAGCUACUGUCACUCAUUGGGAGCUCGGUCAAUCGCAGGGUGGUCGUCCAUGACGACAAGCCAUCUGAGUCCGAAAGUGGGCGUCCAGGUCUUCUCCUCUGGAUUUUCAAUCCUGAUAUCUAUUACUCCAGCAGUAAACGUGGACCCACUGCUCACCGGGCCAUGAAGGUAUUUUACAAAUCGCUUCCUAACCCAGAGGAGUUUCUGGAUGGUGCUGGUUCGAACUGUGAAGAGCUUGUUGUUCCCGAAGAAGACUUUUCCGACUUCAGACGGACCUUGGAAGAAAGCACAGAAAUCCUUCCCCCCUCGGCGCGAACCUUUCAGGAGUGGGACGUCGGUCUUCUGGAUCGUUGGGAAAAGAAUGCAACAGGCUCGGCGAGGAUGGAUGAAAACCCCUUGAACAAGAAGGUGGAAGAAGGAUUCGAGUUGUUCAAACUGCCGGCAGGGAUGGAAGAGCUUUAUCUAUGA